AUGUUUGCCCGUAUGCUUCCCCACCUGGCCCGCAGAGCCUUCCAGCAGCUUCCCCGCCUGGCACGGCCCCGCAUUGUCGCCAUCGCCACGGGCGGGAUCGAGCGCACAUUUAUAGCCAUCAAGCCCGAUGGGACGCAGCGGGGACUGGUGGCGAAUGUCAUUGAGAGGUUUGAGAGGAAAGGGUACAAGUUGGUUGGCAUCAAGGCGAUUGUACCAUCCAAGGCGCUGGCAGAGGAGCAUUAUGCGGAUCUGAAGGGGCGUCCGUUUUUUGCGGGCUUGGUUUCGUACAUGACGUCUGGAUCUGCUCCUGUUAUUGCCAUGGUGUGGGAAGGCAAGGAUGUAAUUCGCCAAGGUCGCCGCAUCAUUGGCGCAACCAACCCCCUUGAGGCCCAGCCAGGCACCAUCCGAGGAGACUAUUGCAUCAGUGUGGGACGCAACAUAAUCCAUGGAUCAGACUCAUUUGAGAGUGCGGAGAAGGAGAUUGCAUUGUGGUUUGGCAAGUCGGAGGUGUUCAACUGGGAGUUUGCGAAUGCAGAGUGGGUCACGUCCGACAAUUAG